AUGCAGGCAUUAUUCCGGUCGCCUGCAGGUCCUUCCUCCUUUUCAACGUCCCUGAGCGAGGCCGCCGCCAAGAUGAAUGACACAGUUACAGUCAGGACCCGCAAGUUUAUGACGAACCGGCUGCUUCAGAGGAAGCAAAUGGUCGUCGAUGUUCUUCACCCCGGCAAGGCCACAGUCCCAAAGACUGAAAUUCGGGAGAAGCUCGCCAAGAUGUACAAGACCACCCCUGACGUUGUGUUCGUCUUUGGCUUCAGGACUCAGUUUGGAGGUGGCAAGACAACGGGCUUCGCCAUGGUUUAUGAUUCACUAGAUUUUGCUAAGAAGAAUGAGCCCAAGCACAGACUAGCCAGGCACGGUCUGUAUGAGAAGAAGAAGACCUCCAGGAAGCAGCGCAAGGAACGCAAGAACAGAAUGAAGAAAGUACGAGGCACCAAGAAAUCCUCUGUGGGAGCUGCCAGCAAAAAGUGUCAGCACCAGGAGAGUCUCAAGGGAGCCUCCUAUGUGCCAAAUAAAGCCCUGCUAAAGCUACGUAAAUUCCUUCAGGGCCGACAAGAAUAUGCUUCUUCCUGA